UGUACUAUUGCAUAAACACCGCUCAAAAAUGAACCUUUCAUAGUCUGUGCCGGGGCAUCAACACUCAAGGUGUUCCUAAAAUAUAAACUUGCCGGAACUCUGGCAACUCUGGGCUUUUAGAGAAAUCCGGAGAUUAAAUUCUCAAAUCGUAUUAGGGAAAGGAUCAUCUUGUUUAUGCCAUAUUAAUCGCGAUUUUCCUUUUACAUUAAAAAAAGGACAUCCGAUUCUCGAUUGUAAACAAGAGUGUUUGCUGUUGGUCUCCAAUUUGCAAACCGUAAAUGUGAGGGUAACCGGUCAUAAUGCUGUGGCCCUUGUUGAUUGUCGAGUCGUGGCCCUAAUCAGUCCCGUUGCCAGGUGACCAAUCAGUAUUCUUCUUCGGGUUUGAUUUAGUCAUCUGCAUACCUAAAAAAGUCCAGAUCAAUGUCUACCACGCAUUCCGAUCUUUGCUCUGCUCCCGAAUCUGAAUACUGUCAAUCCACGCCAGAUAUUGGCAUGGUAACACCAACACAUACAAUGUCCAGUACCGAUCGAAUGGAGCAUUCCUGCUCAUGCUCAAUACACAAAAUAGAGGCAAAAGACACACCGCCAUUUCCUGACCAGACGUUCGCCAUCCGGGAGCGAAAUACUGGCCGAUACAUUACUCUCGUCGAAGGAAAUCUUUGUGUGCGAGAGAAUAUUGGCGACCAGGGUGGAUGGCACUGGAUAUGCGUCGAGACUCAGGGUUGGCUGGGAUUCCGGAGCCCGGUGUCUGCGACGUAUAUGGGACACGAUACAAAUAAGAACAUUUGGGCGGAACACAAGCAUCACAAGGAACAUGAAUAUUUCUGUGCUAGAAAGCACCCCCAUGGUGGUUACAUGUUACUUAAGAGACAUGACGAUGAGCUCUGGAAGAUCACUGUCAGCAAUGAUUUUAGGCUAAUCGAGACUACUGGGGAUGGUACGCUAUGGGACUUCGUGAAAGUUUCGGCUUAGAUAAGUUUAUGAAAUUGAAGCCCGGUUGAGUAUUGGUUAUGUUUACCGCCCAUUUAGCUUUUAACCAACGGCGGUUCGGGUUGAGUUCUCGUCACUAAAGAAUGGUAUCCCAUCAUAUACAUGCGUACCUAUGCUAGGGAGCAUUGCCUAGUAGUUUUAAAUUUCU